AGCACAGCUCGUGCAGCCUGCCCCAUCUUCUCUGCUUGUACUUCCUGUCCGCCUGCAGUGAGCGCCGGAAGGUGACGGAUAAAGGGCUCGGCCAGUGAUCCUCGUGCUUGGCGGACGGCCCGCCGUGUGCACACAUUACCGCCGACAACUACCGCACUAUUAAGUCAUGCCCUCUUGUAUCGUCAGUGGUUGUAUUCAUAAGACUACAAAGAAGAAUUGCAAUGAGGAAGGAGUCAUAAUGCACGCAUUUCCAUCUAGUCUCUCCAGAAUAAAGCUGUGGCUCAGAAGCAUUGAAAGAAAUAACCAUCAAUAUUUUGGGGACAUUGAUGCUUUGGCUGAGAACAUUUUUUACAAAAAGAAUAACAGUUCUUCUCGAAUCUGUUCUGACCAUUUUGAUUCAGAAUGCUAUGUUCCAGCACACAGUAAGAGAAGAGCUCUGAGACAGGAUGCAGUACCCACCCUAUUCAGGGCACCGCUGGCCUUGACUGCUAUUCAUGACGCUACCCCUCCACAACAUAUUCCUUUCAUGGUGGAUGCCAUCACGCAGACGGAUCCCUAUACAUAUACACAGGACAAAGGUGUGCAAUGGCCAGAAUUUGAGUUCAAUGUUGGUGGGCAGUCUUGGAAAAUAGAACAUGACCAUGUGUACCACACUGGUCGGUCUACUGCCAAAACUUCCAAUAGAGUUGUGAAUGCUAACGCUUCUGUAAAUACUUCAGAUAAUUCUAUGCUAAAUGGAUUAGAAAGACAGCAGUCCACACGGCCAAAAGAACCAGUGGUAAUGAAUUGUUCCGUACCAAACCGAGAGCACAUGUCUGAUUCAUCUGGGUACUCAGACAGGGACAGUUGUAUAGGCCAAGAAACUGCCGACAAGAAUUGUGUAAAAGAACGCAAAUUUAUUGUGUUUGAGUCAUGCCUUGAUGUUCUGUUCAGAAAGGUUAGAUGUAAAAUUGAAGACUGUAAUGCCCUUGUUACCCAUACGCAAAAACAUGUUUUGGGUUCUUACUUGUCCGUGACUGGUCAGUGUCUUAAAGGCCACACCUUUCAUAUAUGGCACAGUCAGCCUACCAGAGGGGAAGUUGCACUUGGAAACGUCUUGAGUUCAGCUGCUCUUUUGUUUAGUGGAUCAGAUUUUCACAAAGUACAAGAGUUGUGCCAUUUAUUGGGGCUGCAGUUUAUAUCACACCAUCUAUAUGACCUAUAUCAACACAAAUAUCUCUUUCCUACAGUGAACCUACACUGGCAGCAGGAACGGCUGAGACUCAACAAGGCUUCUUUAGGUACUCGAUUAUGUCUUGCAGGUAGUGGACAAUGCAAUACUUAUGAGAAUGGUUACAGGUAUGGUAUAUACACUUUUCUUGAUACAGCAACUAAGAGAAUUGUUGACUUUGAAACUAUUCAGGGAACCAAAGCUAACUCCUUUGUAGCUUUGAAAAGAAAAGCGUUUGUCCGGUGCUUAAACAGGAUUUUACGGGACCGGUUUGAAGUCGCAUCUGUUUCUACAGACUAUCAUCCAAAACUGAAAAAGACUUGUGAGCAGCAGUACAGGAUCCAACAUGAGUAUGAUGCUUGGCUAUACACAAAAGGCAUAGAGAAACGGCUUCUAGCUGCAUGCAGGAAGGAAAACUGUUCUGUAAUUGCAGAAUGGAUUCCUAGCAUAAAGAAACACUUGUGGUGGUGCUUGGGUGCCAGCAAUGGAGAUGCCAAGGUGCUUUGUGAACUGUGGCAAUCUGUGCUUAUGCAUGUGACUGAUCGGCAUAAAUGGGAUCAUGGUGAACUUUACCAUGCAUGUGCACAUAGACCAUUAACAGAAUUUGAACGCCAUUGUCGACCCUGGGUUAAAGAGAACUCUGAGCCAUAUCAUGCAUUAUAUGAUGUAGUAAUGAAUCCCAAAGUCCUCAAAGACCUUCAUCAUCUCUCUCGGUUUCUACACACUGGAGAAAUAGACGUAUAUCACCAUUUUCUAUCAAAGUACAGGCGCAAAAGGGUUUAUUUAAAAUUGAAUGCAUUAGAAGCUCGCAUUAAGCUUGCCGCAUUGGCGCACAAUGCAAAUGUUCAUAGAAAACGUGUAAACUUCCAUUCCAUAUGGCAUGGAAAAGCUGCAAUUGGAACACGGAGGCAUGAUGGGAUUUCCAGAAAGAAAAAAUACAACUCGAAAACACUCUCUGGAUCCUCUAAUUCGCACGUCUUACCCAUGAUGACUGAUGUAUUAAAGUUCUUUGAUUGUCGCCUUACUAAUGAUUGUUCCUUGUGGACGUCUGCAUUAAAAGACAUUACGGAACAGACACUGAACAAAAGGAGUUACUAGCACUUAGAUUUUUACCUUUUUUAUACUUGCACAUUUGAAUGUAUGGACACGUUCUUUUGGUUACUAAAUAAAAUUGUUUACAACAAAGA